AUGAUGUCAACUCCAAGUCGCCCGAUGCCCGCCGUUGGUGGAACGCCGGCUCGAUUCCAACCGGUCACCCCAGUGUCGCAGAUGCGCCGUAACAUGCCCGCUGCUCCGAUGCCUGCAGCUGUGGCGCCCCGCCCGGUUGCCCCACCAAGAAAGAAGAAAAAGUACGCUGACAAGCUGAUCCCACCACAGGUUCGAGAGCUUGUGCCCGAAUCGCAAGCUUACAUGGAUCUCCUUGCUUUUGAACAGAAACUCGACUCGACGAUUACCCGAAAAAAGCUUGAAAUACAGGAGGCUUUGAAACGGCCGUUGAAAGUGAAACGAAGAUUGAGGAUCUAUAUCAGUCACACGUUCAUCGCUGGGAAAGAACCGGAAAAGGAAGGCGACGAGCCAGUGGUUCCGAUGUGGGAGUUGCGCGUUGAGGGACGGCUUCUAGAUGACACUCCACAAGCUGCCAAUGGACAGGCCACCACUCCGGCAAAUGUUCAACAGCGUCAACAGGCUAAACGCAAAUUUUCUUCGUUCUUCAAGAGUUUGGUAAUCGAGCUAGACAAGGAUAUUUAUGGACCGGACAAUCACUUGGUCGAAUGGCACCGAACACCGCAAACGAAUGAAACUGAUGGAUUUCAAGUUAAACGACCGGGCGAUCGUGCUGUGAAAUGCACAAUUUUGCUGCUUCUCGACCAUCAACCGAUGAAAUUCAAGCUACACGCAAGAUUGGCUAAGGUUUUGGGAAUCGCGACCGAAACGCGUCCAAAAAUCAUCGAGGCUCUCUGGCAAUACAUCAAAACUCACAAGCUUCAAGAUCCAAUCGAUCGAGACAGCAUCAACAACGAUAUCUUCUUGGAACAAAUUUUUGCGACUAAGAAAAUGCGAUUUAUGGAAAUUCCGCAAAGACUACACGCUUUAUUGCAACAACCUGAUCCUUUGGUACUUCAUCACACCAUUGAGCAAAGCGAAGGAUCGGCAAGCACAGCUUGCUAUGAUAUUGAUGUCGAGGUCGAGGAUCAAUUGAAACAACACAUGGCUAACUUUAUGCAAAUUCAAUCAAAUCAGCACGAUAUCGCGCAACUCGAUCAGAAGAUUUACGAUAUCGUGGAUAAUAUCAAUGAGUGGAAGCUUCGUCGUGACUACUAUGUGCGAUUCUCCGACAAUCCACAAGAGUUUAUCAGAAAAUGGCUGGUUUCACAGUCGGCUGAUUUGAAGAACUUUACUGAGCAAACUGGGGAUGGUGAGAAUGAACGCUAUGCGGAGGCCUAUUAUCAACCGCAUAUCCAAGAAGGUACUUUCCGCUAUAUUUACACGAAGGUGCAGCAACGACGAGCCGAACUUGAGCAUUCACUUGGAGUGCGUAAUAAU